UUCAUGAAGAAAUAUAUAGAUGUCACGUUUAAAAGGCGCGUCAUUCCAACAAAUGUUUGAUCAAUUACGACUAAACCACUCAAUUUUUUAUAUAUUUACGCUUAUUAUAUUUGAUAAAAUUUUACAAUCAUGGUGAGAUUAACCGCCGAAUAUAUCGAAAGAAAAUGUUCACAAAUGCAAUUAAGUAAAUCUCUUAGCAAGAAAGUAAAAAAAGACGAAUUAUAUAGUCUAACUCAUUUACGCAUGAACAAUAUGUUUAUCAGUAGUAUCGGUAAUUUUGUUAAUUAUAGAAAUCUUAAAGUAAUAUAUUUACAAAAUAAUAAUAUUUCGAAAAUAGAAAAUUUGCACUUUGCAUCUAACUUGACGCAUUUAUAUUUGCAACAUAACACAAUAAGUAAAAUAGAAAAUUUAAAUUUUCUUGAGAAAUUACAAACACUUUAUUUAGGAUAUAAUAAAAUACUGGUAGUGGAAGGUCUUGAAUGCUUAAAAAAUUUAACUGUUUUGCAAGUAGAAAAUCAAAAGUUAUCUGUUGGAGAAUCAUUAUGCUUUGAUCCACGGAGUGUACUCACUUUAUCUGGUUGUCUGAAAGUACUCAACAUUUCGGGUAAUAAAAUGACAUCUUUAAAAAGCAUUAAAGAAUUGCAUAAAUUAGAAGUUUUAGACGCCACAAAUAAUUUUAUUGAUGAUAUCAACGAUUUAACAGAAAGUAUAAGUGUUUUGACUUCUUUAAUAGAUCUAUCUUUACAAGGCAAUCCUGUAACUCAAUAUUAUAGGUGCAAAGAAAAUCUUAUCGCAAAUAAUGACACAAUAAAAACUCUUGACGGAAAAAUGGUUACAGAUGCAUGUAAAUGUUUCAUGAAAAGAUUUAAGAUAAAUAAACAUCUUUAUCACACAAAGAAAUUAUUGAAUACCACACUAGAUGAAGAUAUUACAAGUUCGUUAAAUCUACCGCCUUCAUUAAAAGAAUCAAUAUCCAGAGCGAUAUUUCAACAUCCUGAUGCAAAAUUGUUUACUACAUCUGCGAUGAAUAAAACACAAUCAUAUAUAUUUCCAUCAUGGAAAAUAGGUAUAAAUAUUGUAAAGAAUGGUCAUGUUACCACAAAACCUUUUUGGAGUAAUGUAAUUAAGACUAAGAACUUUCCUAGUGUACAACCUUUGUUAAACAGUGAAAUUGUUAAAUUGCCACCUAUUUGAAUCUAGGAACAUAUUAAUGACAUAAUACACUACAUAUAAGAAAACAAACUUUUUGGAUGAGAGGUAUUCUUCUUGUUUAUUAAUAUUUUUUUUUUAGAAAAUUAUUUAUAAUUCAUUGUAUAUUUCUCAUUUGCAUUAAAUUUUUUUAUAGUUAUGUAUUAUAUAAUUUCUAUAUGAACCAUUAAUUAUUGCCUGCAUGCUGGAAAGUCGUGUAUGAGAUAAAAAUAAAAUCUAUGAUCAAAUCGCGCUGAAAAAAAGUGUAUGGCAAAUUAUCUUAAAAAGCUGAAGGCAAACUAAUUACAAUUAUUUUGUACAACUUUCUAGCACUAAGGCGACAUUUAUAUUAUAUGUGCAUUAACAUAACAUUUUCAUAAUUAAAAUAAAGUACAUUGAAAUUCAUGCGUGUCAAACAAUAAUACAAUUUAAUAAUAACAAAACGUGCAUAGUUAAACAGUUAUGACGUUCUUACACAUAAAAUACUAUUAUAUAAUUAUAUUAUAUAACUAUAAUAUUAAGUAUAUAAUAUUAUAAUCAUCGUGUUAUCACUAAAUGAACCACAGAAGUAUUAAAGUACAAAAUACUAUUAACUACAUUUGUACACUGCUUGAAGAUUUGUAUCUUAUCUUUAUAGCUUAACUUUGUGAGUAACAACUGAAACACAAGAAGCACAUGAAUUGAAUGUAAUGAAAAACCUCUUCAAGCAGAGCUAAUAUAAAAUUGCGAUAAAUAUAAUAAUACGAAUAAACGAAUAAAUAAGUUUUAAAUGACACAGGCUUUUAUAAUACAUAUUUGUUAGUCACUAUAAGCAUGGAAUGUUAGAUACAAUAAAAACAAAUAUAUAAAUUAUGGAAUUACAUGGUGUAAAAGGUACAAGUAGGAAAUCAAUUUCUUCUUCAACAUAAUUUUACUGCCUUUUAUAAUAUCGAGACAUAAAACUCGAUUUACGAAAUUUCUAAAACUGCUCAUAAAUAAAAAAAUAAGAACUAAUAUACUUGUUGAGCAUAUUUGAAAUAUAAACUAAUACUAUGAAGUAAAAUGAGAUUACGAUCAAUAUAUUUUAUAAAAUUUGAACAAUUCAUUAGCUGCCAGCGUAUAACAGAAUGUGACACAUAAGACGAAAUGCAACUCGCACGUAGACGGUCUAUGAUUAUCCUUUGUUCUAUAGAAAUUUUAAUGUUUUUUAUUUAUACGUAUAAAGUGACAAUACAAUACAACAAUACUGACUGGUACUGUACAUGGACAAAGUUCACAAUCACUAAGAAAAGAUAUAAUAAAUAUAAACAGCUAUUAAACUAAUGUAUAUGUAAAUAUUUCUUUCAUUUUAUUAUGUAUUAUGUAAAAAGUAGAAAAGUAAAAAAGAUUUUUUUAUUAUUAAAACGUGAAACAUAUUUUUUAGUACCAUAAAAUAAAUGCUUUGUGCAAAAUGCAAACGUAAUAUAUAGUGACAUUUUUUAAUCAACACUUGAAAGAACAA